AUGAUCGACUACUCUCUGAACAUCAUCGAUACUCCAGGCUUUGGGGACACUUGGGUCAUUAAAAGAGACCAUGAAACCAUUGAGCAGAUCCGGAACCUCUUCUCCAACAACUCUGGGGUGGAUGUCAUUCACACCGUGUGCUUUGUAGCUCAGUCUGCUCUUGCUCGCCUCAGCGACACACAGUGUUACAUGUUUGAUUCUAUCCUCUCCAUCUUUGGGAAGGACAUGGCUGAAAACCUCAGGGUUCUGGUGACUUUUGCAGACAGACAACUGCCUCCAGUUCUAGAAGCCAUCACAGCCGCAGGAGUCCCAUGCCCCAAAGACAAAGACGGAAAACCUGCUCACUAUAGAUUCAACAACUCUGCACUUUUUGUUGAAAAUCCAAGUUCUGUGGUUGGUUUUGAUGAGAUGUUCUGGAACAUGGGGAGAGCCAGCAUGAAAAGCUUCUUUGAUGCACUGAGUGAGACUGAACCUAAGAUUUUGAAUCUGACUAAAGAGGUUCUGAGAGAAAUAACACAGCUUGAAGAGACUGUGGAAAAUCUACAGAGGAUAAUAAAAGAAAAGUUAGAACAGCAAGACAAGAUUCUGCAACUCCAAGAACAAAUCAAGAAGCAUGAGGCUGAGAUCGAGACAAACACAGAUUUUGAGAUUACAAUUAAAGUAAUCAGGCCAGUUCAGACGAGCAUCGCGGGCACAGGGAACUUCAUCACCAACUGCUCCCGAUGUCACCACACCUGCCAUUACCCAUGUUCAGGGGGAAACGAUUCAGAUAAAAAAGGCUGUUCUGUAAUGAACUCAGAUGGAAACUGCACAAAGUGUCCUGGUAAAUGCAUCUGGAGCGAUCAUCACAACCAGAAGUACAGAUGGGAGUACAACGAGGUCACUGAGAUGACAACUGUAGACUGGCUAAAGGAAAGAUAUCAACAAGGGACAGAGGAAGGACCAACUACCGAAGGUUUAGUCGUGAUCCUGCAGAAGAAAUAUCAACUGGCUGGCAGCCGCUUGAGCAGAAUAAUUCAGGAAGCCACUGCAGCCGUAAACCGUCUGGGAGAGAUCGCUCUGAGGCCCAACCCUCUGUCCCCUCCCGACUACAUCGACAUGAUGAUAGAGUCAGAGAAGAGUCAGAGAAAUCCAGGGUGGAGGCAGAGAGUGAAGGGUCUGGAGGAGCAGAAGGAGGAGGACCGCUGGCUGAAAAGUGAUCUCGAGGAACAAGUGGAACAGGAGGCGCAAGGGGAGCAUCAAGCCAUCUAA